AUCAGAUCGAUGGGACCUGUGUGUCUUGGUGCUGAUAGCGCCCGACUUCUCCGUACUUUGUCAGAGCUUCCGGGGCUGAGCCUUGCAUUCAGCCAGUCAGGUACAUUGCAGCACGGGGAAGUGAAAGUACCAUCCGCCAAAGGGGUUGGACAAGAAGAGACAUGCUCCAAAAUUUCAAUUAUCAACCGAGACGAGCAAAUGGCAAAAGAUAGGUCCAAUGAGAGUGACUUUCAUGACGUUCUCAUCCGUCAUAGUUGAGGUUGCCCCGAGGAUGAACCACGGUGAGCGGCGACGGUCAGCGCGCAAAGACCUUACAAGCUGCGAAAGAAAAUUUUGCGCGCGUCUUCCCCGAAGC